AUGGCGGAAGCUGCCGACAAAUCUCAAACUCUCGCGGAGCAAUACUAUGUGAAGGACAAACAAGAGAAAGUAGAGGUAGUUGAAAAACCUGUUGCAGUCGAGGUAGUUGAAAAACCUGUUGCUGUUGAGGAAGUUGAAAAGCCAAAGGAGGCUACUUCCGGGGAAACUGUUGUUGAGAAAGCUGAAGAAAACAAUCUAGAGCCAAGCAGUGAAACAGUUGUCUCAGAAAGCAACCUAGAGCCAAGCAGUGAAACUGUUGUCUCAGAAAGCAACCUAGAGCCAAGCAGUGAAACUGUUGUCGAAGAAAUUUCUGGUGAUCAAGAGGAAGCUGAAGAGAAACCUGAAAUUAAGCUAGAGACUGCUCCAGUAGAUUUCCGUUUUCCAACUACUAAUCAAACAAGGCAUUGCUUCACCCGAUACAUUGAAUAUCAUCGAUGUGUUGCUGCAAAGGGAGACGAUGCACAAGAAUGUGAUAAAUUUGCCAAGUAUUAUCGUGCUCUUUGUCCUGGCGAAUGGGUUGACAGAUGGAACGAGCAACGUGAGAAUGGAACAUUUCCAGGCCCGCUGUAG